GUGCGAGCGUAGAGAUGGCGUAUUCGACCCUUCCUUUGCCUCGGUCGGUCUUGGUAAACGGCCGGAGACAACUAGUAAAACCUUCAUUUUUAUUUUUAUUACUUUAUUAUUUUUAUUUUGCGCGCGAGAAAGCAUUUUGCGCAACCCGGGACCGGUUUGAGAGCUUCGGCGAUGAGAGGGGAAAAAAAAAAAGAGCUUCUUAUGUGGUGAAACCCCCUCGAAACGGGACGUUGCAAUCCCGGCCCUUUUGCUCGUUGGGUGCAACUUUGAUAUAAAAUUGAUUUUUUGGUGGUAUAUAUUGUCAUUAUGAGAUGUUGUCUCUCGGUGCUUCAUUUGUGCAAAUUAAAUUCGAUGAUCUGCAGUUCUUUGAAAACUGUGGCGGCGGAAGUUUUGGGAGUGUAUAUCGAGCCCGAUGGGUUUCUCAGGACAAGGAGGUGGCUGUGAAGAAGCUGCUAAAAAUAGAAAAAGAGGCAGAAAUACUCAGCGUGUUGAGCCACAGAAAUAUCAUUCAGUUUUAUGGUGCUGUUAUUGAACCCCCAAACUAUGGCAUAGUUACAGAAUAUGCUUCUGCUGGGUCAUUGUAUGACUAUAUUAAUAGCAACAGAAGUGAAGAAAUGGAUAUGGAUCAUAUAAUGACCUGGGCAAUGGACAUUGCUAAAGGAAUGCAUUAUUUGCAUAUGGAGGCUCCAGUCAAAGUAAUCCAUAGAGAUCUAAAGUCCCGGAAUGUUGUUAUAGCUGGUGAUGGAGUAUUGAAGAUUUGUGAUUUUGGGGCUUCAAGAUUUCAUUCCCAUACAACACACAUGUCUCUGGUUGGUACUUUUCCCUGGAUGGCUCCAGAAGUAAUACAGAGUCUCCCAGUAUCAGAAACAUGUGAUACAUAUUCAUAUGGUGUGGUUCUCUGGGAGAUGCUAACAAGGGAAGUCCCCUUUAAAGGCUUGGAAGGAUUACAAGUAGCUUGGCUUGUAGUGGAAAAAAACGAGAGACUGACCAUUCCAAGCAGCUGUCCUGGAAGCUUUGCAGAAUUGAUGCUCCAAUGUUGGGAAGCAGACCCAAAGAAGAGACCCUCUUUCAAGCAGAUCAUUUCGAUUUUGGACUCCAUGUCAAAUGAUAGCAACCUUCCAGACCAAUGCAAUUCAUUCCUGCAUAACAAGGCAGAAUGGCGAUGUGAAAUCGAGGCCACCUUAGAAAGGCUGAAGAGAUUGGAACGUGAUCUGAGCUUUAAGGAACAGGAACUAAAGGAAAGGGAAAAACGCUUGAGAAUGUGGGAGCAGAAGCUAACUGAACAAUCCAACACACCGUUGCUGCCAUCAUUUGAUAUUGGUGCAUGGACUGAAGAAGACGUGUAUUUUUGGAUGCAACAGCUCGUUAGAAAAGGUGAUUCAUCUGGCGAUAUGAGUAUAUAUGCUAGCUUGUUUAAAGAGCAUCACAUCACAGGAAAACGUUUACUUCUUCUGGAAGAAGAUGAUUUGAAGGACAUGGGAAUUGUUUCCAAAGGACACAUCAUUCAUUUGAAGACUGCCAUUGAGAAGCUAUGUCAGGAUUUCUUCAAUAUGUUUCAUUUUCCACCCCUUAUUAAGGAUCCUGCCAGUGAAAAUGAGGCCAGUGAGGUGAAAGUGCUGAAUCUGGAGCUUGUUUUUGGCUACCAUUUAAAACCUGGAAAGGGUCCUCAGGAUUGCAAAUGGAAAAUCUAUAUGGAAAUGGAUGGGGAUGAAAUUGCAAUAACAUAUAUAAAAGACGUGACGUUUAACACUAAUCUACCCGAUGUCGAGAUUUUAAAAAUGACAAAGCCUCCAUUUGUGAUGGAGAAGUGGAUUGUGGGGAUAGGAAAAGAUCAGACUGUCGAGUGCACAGUGACUUAUGAGGCUGAUGUCCACUCUCCCAAAUCUACCAAACACAUCCAGCAAGUGCAAUGGAGUCAGGUGAAACUGCAGGAUGAAGUGAAAUCAGUACAGCUGAAAAUACAGACAUCUCUCCCAAACGUGGAAGGCAACCCUCGGAGCAGAUCCAAUUCCAGUAUUGACUGCCAAUGGAUGAAUGCAUUGAAAAUGCACCGUGUGACAAGCAGUCCUUCUCUCCAACAUUCCCGUCCCCACAGUCCCAACAACUUAACCCAUUUUUUACCCUACCUUCACAAUCAAGACACUUAUGCAGCUGCUGUGAGGCGGACUUCAGUGCCCACUACCUAUCAUAUUACCCCGCUCAUUCAGUCAAGAAGCUCAUCGCCAACAACCUAUUUAUCAUCUUUACAUCUGAAUUCCAAGGGAAGCAGCAGCUCCAGUGCAACUUCGACUUCGGAUAGUCCAUCGGAAAGAGGCAGCUCCAAAACCAGAAACAGAAAUAACUAUCACAGCAGUGUCUCUCCUGGAGGGGCAGCAGCUGGAAAGCGUUGGGUAAGAAACCCAGCUACUCCAGGGACACUGAGAAAUGCUGGGAAAUAUUCUAGGUCUUCCCAGUCAACCUUCAAUCAAUAUCAACAUCUGCCAAGGACGCAUGAGAGAAAGCACCCUCAUUACCCGCAGCAACACAAAUCAAUACCAGGGAUGCCCUUGAAAACUGAAGCAGAAGAAGAAGAGGAAGAAAGCAAAGUCAGCGAAGGCGGAUGGGUGAAAGUCAAUUAUUCAAAGAAAUCUUACCGACAUUCUGUUGGCAAACAAAACAAGGAGAAACCAAAAGGCACUGGAACACUUCAGAGAAAAUCCCGUUGAUGCUUUUUCAGAAAUAGGUUUUAUUUUUUAUUGCACAGAGCACUGACUUUCCACGGAGAAGGUUUGAAAUUGUUCUUAAAAUAACUGACAACGAAUGUGAAAAGGGGGAGCCUGCAACAGAAAUCGCCUGGGAGGAAUGACAUUAGCACAGCCUUGGGUUCUGUUGGAGGCUUUUUUAGCACAUUGUAAGCCUGAUAUAGAGCACAAGAUGUCAAUUCUCUCUUUCCUAUGAAACAACACUGCCAAAGCAUCUGACAGCAGCUGGAUAGCAUUCUUGGGCCUGAAGCAGGGGCCUCCUAGGGUCCAAGAAGGACUAAGGACCCUGCCACACCUCUGGUGUCUGAGACUCCACCAAAAUGGUAGAGCUAAUCAGGUGCAAAAGGUUCUGUUUUUUUUAGUGUGUCUACUUUUAAUCAGGUACAUUUUACUUAAGUCUAGUAUUUCCAUUAGUAUGAUAUUCUAGUUCACCAUUCUUUGUUAUUUCCAAUACUCUGAUCCAGUAUUGAUACAAGGACAAAAAAAAAGUGCUGCUUAAACUUAUGAAUGGAAAAAGGAAUGACUGCAAAAGUUAUCAUUUCCAUAUUUUGAGUGCUUGAGGUUGUCUAAUGAAUUAUUUUCUCCUUGGCUUGAUUUUGUAGCAGCACCUUCAAGCUACUACCUCAAUCCUCCAUUUAGCGAUAAGCCCCAAUCUAAUUCAAUUGGAAUUAUUUUUAUGGUUAGGGGAAAGUGUUAACAGCUUCCUCAAAGAAGCAAAAUAAUAUAAGAAAAAAGGCCUAAUUAUUUUUGGUACAACUAUUUAUUAACCUAAGGUAAAAAUCUUAUUCAUGGUAUUUAACUAUACUCUCUGUGUUGUCUUUAAGUAAUAAAAAGAAACAUAAUACGUGUAUGCAGUAUUUUGCAAUUCCAGUGAACUUGAAUAUUUGUUUUCUUGGACAUACCUGCAAGAAAGCAAAUUCCAGUGGGAUUUUCUUUGAAAUAAAGAAUUAGGUGAUAUAAAAUUAAUUCAUUUCUCCAAUUGCAAUUUUCAGAAAAAUAAUGAUAUUAUAUUAGAUUCCAUUUAGUAAAACCUAACUCCUAACUUAACCUUCCCCUUUUGAAUUAUAAGGAAAGGAAAAGGUUUUUAAAAAUAUUGUUUAAAGUAAUUUGAUACUUAGCCGAGGAAAUAAGGAAUAAAUGUAUCUUAUUUAACAUAUCUUUUCUACUUCUUCAUGUAGUAGCAGGUUUUUAACAAUAGCAAAGUAAACCAUUUCAGCCAGCUGUAAAACUAGCGGUCUCUUCUCAUUCAAGGAGCUAUUUCUUUGAUUGGCUCAGGUCUCUCCUAUUUCUAGGAAGAGUGGUUUCCUAGGGGUAGUGCAGGUGCUCCCUAUUUGUUCAGCAAAUUAUUGGAGGAGAGCUUUAUAGAUGUAUUUAUUUAUUUGGUAGAUGUAUAUGGCCAUUCCCUCUCACAUGGGCAACUCUAGACAGCUGACACAAUAAAAUAUCAAUUCAAUCAGGAUAAAUAAAUUAUACAAAGCAAAAGAAGAAUGUAUAUCAAGCGCAAAGCAGUCAAUAACAAAGAGAUUCAACUGACAGGCUCAGCCCCCUCCCAACCUUCACACUUGAGAGAAAAGCUGUGUCUUAAGGGUUUUAUGAAAGGCUAGCGGGGUUGGGGGACAAUCUAAUCAACACUAUAUAAAAGCUCUCCUGGGUAUGGCUGCCACUUGUUCUUUAAACAGGAGCUGUGAGAUCAGGAGGACCACAAAACUGUGCACUGAUUUUGACAAGAGUAGUGCAAUUCCACCCAGAACUAAAGAUGGAAAAAUCACCAAAUCCAGCAGGCCCUAAAAACCUGGAUAGAUUUGAAACCUGUUCUUCCCCAUCCAGUUGUCCAAAGCCUCCAGCUACAAAGACAGAACCUUCAUAGCAUUACUUGGGCAGCCCAAGACCAAAGAUAUACAUAUGAUAUCACCAGCCUUCUGAUGUUACUUCACCCCAUAUCUCUGAAUGACCUUGUCCAGAAUCUUUAUGUAAAUGUUAAAGAAAUGCGGGUAGAAAGUCAAGCCCUGAAGAACCCAGCAAAAAGUGCACAUGGACUUAAACCUCUCCACAACCCAUUAAUACUGACUGGAAUUUAUUUCAGAGGAAGGGAGUAGAACCUGCAAGGCCAUGUCCCCUGAAGGAUAGCAUAACUAAUAGUACUGAAAGCUGCAGAGAGAACAAGGAGAUACACUAACCCCACUUAUUAUUUAUCACAUUUCUACUCUGCCUAUCUCACCUAAGUGACUCUUAGCCCUUGCAAGCUCUGUUUGUUGUGUUUGAAUUCAUGAAGCUCUGAACUCACGAAAAAGCAGAUUAAGGGUUGAAAGAAAAGGGAGAGAGAAAUGAUUAUAAAUAAUUGAAAUAUAGCUGAGAGAUGUUGUUGUUUAUGUGUUGGGGCAGCUACCUUCAGAAUUUAUAAACUCACUAAGGUGGAUUAUCAAAAUGUCCAAACCAAUUCCAGGCUUCCAGGCCACAAAGAACACAUUUCACUCCCUGUGGGUUAAGCUCACAUUCCUGUUCUUCAGCUUUACUACACUCACUACUUCAAGUCCAGCAAUAUGACGGUGCUUGGCUCAAGUAGUUGACCGUCACAAAGAAAGAGAGAGAGAGAGAGAGAGAGAGAGACCCUCUCAAAGCUCUAGUAGGUGUAUUUGCGUCAAGGGAUGAGAAUAAGGUAAGAUUUUGGCAACCCUCAUUUGCAGCCUUCUCCUCACCUACACAACAUCUAGGCUGCAAUCAACGCUAAAAGAAAGACGAACAGUGAGACUAAUGUAUGCUGUGGUGGGUUAAGUGGGCGGAUGUUUGCAGCAUCUUAAUUAGUGAACAGGCAUGCGUUACUUGGCUGCUUUCACUCAGGAAUCUAAAUAUGGAUAAAGGGGCAAAAAGAACAUGUCUAGCUUAGCACAAAUGUGAAGUCUCUCCAUCACUGUAUUGCCAAAAUGAUCAGCACUGUCCCUGGCAGGCUGUUACCUUAAGCACUGCAACAUUCUAUAACCAAAGAUCAAGCGAGUUUAAAUUUCAUACCAAACAUAAAUGGUUGUGGUUUCAUUUAAUUUACACCAAAAAGAUUAGAAUUCCUGAUAUCUGUAAUCCACCUUCUUUGAUGGUUUAGUGUGAUAGCAUUGUUUGCACCUUUGUAUUUUAAGAAAACUCUCCCCAUUUCAUUAUUUUCGUUCUUUUACUUAUAGCCUAAAAUAGCAGCCUUUUACUGCCUGGGAAUUUGAUGCCUUAUAGCUCGGUCAAGCUAAUUUAUAUGCAGACUAUUAUGUCAAUAAAUCCACUUUCUUCUUCCCUGCAAGAGAA